AUGAUAUAUGAAAAUGAGUUCAAGACUACCGUUAAUCAAAGUUUCAUUAAACCUAUCAAUCCUACUAGCUUUCGUACUAUUCUCAGUCCAAAGUAUUCCUGUAAAUUACCUGAUCAACCUAAUAUGUCACCUCAACUAGUCGUUUUUGUCAAAUCAGCAUUAACGCACUUUGAGUCACGCAACAGCAUACGUAGAUCAUGGGGAAAUCCAAACUGUUUUCUUCAUUUUGGUGUACACACCAGAACUUUAUUUGUUCUUGGUAGAUCUGAAUUUACUGGUUGGGAAUAUUCAAACAUACAAGGUUUGGUGAAUGAAGAAAGUUCGAAGUAUGGUGAUAUUGUUCAGUUUGAUUUUGUUGAAAGUUAUCACAAUGUCACCUGGGAUGUAUUACGUGUGCCCAAACCAGUAAGAAUUCCAUUCAGCAAAUGCAAGCCUGUUGCACAACUUCUAUCUGUUGGAUUGAGGUAUACCAAACUGCUCCCUUUUGAAGAUGUCGUUAUUGGUCUUGUAUUGUAUAAGUUGGGCAUUAGUCCAGUACACUUAGAUGGUGUUUUGUCAGUUCGUUUUUCAAAUGGUCAUAUUGAUAAUCUUAUUAGUAUUCAUGGAUUUCGGGAUCAAUCUCUUUUCACAUCUGCUUGGAAUGAACUUGGUUUACAGAAUAUUUGUAAAGAUUAA